GGGCGGGGGCAGGCGGCGGCCGGGCCGGGCCGGGCCGGGCCGGGCGAUGGGGAAGGAGCAGGAGCUGCUGGAGGCCGCCCGCACCGGGAACCUGCCCGCCGUGGAGAAACUGCUCUCGGGGAAGCGCCUCAGCUCCGGCUUCGGCUCCGGGGGAGGAGGAGGAGGUGGAGGUGGCGGCGGAGGAGGUGGCGGCGCCGGCGGCAGUGGUGGUGGAGGUUCCGGGGGCGGCGGAGGAGGAGGAGGAGGAGGAGGAGGAGGAGUGGGGCACCCGCUGUCCAGCCUGCUGAGCAUCUGGAGAGGGCCAAAUGUGAACUGCGUUGACAGUACUGGAUACACUCCCCUGCACCAUGCUGCUUUGAAUGGUCAUAAGGACGUGGUGGAAGUUCUGCUGAGGAACGAUGCGCUGACCAACGUAGCGGACUGUAAAGGCUGCUACCCUCUUCACCUGGCAGCUUGGAAAGGAGACGCAGACAUAGUGAAGCUCCUCAUCCACCAGGGACCGUCGCACACUAAAGUGAAUGAGCAGAAUGCUCUUGAGAUCAAAGAACUCAAAAAGUACGGCCCCUUUGACCCAUAUAUCAAUGCCAAGAACAACGACAACGAGACGGCGCUGCACUGCGCUGCGCAGUACGGCCACACGGAGGUGGUGAAGGUGCUGCUGGAGGAGCUGACCGACCCCACCAUGCGCAACAACAAGUUCGAGACGCCCCUGGACCUGGCCGCGCUCUACGGGAGGCUGGAAGUCGUGAAGAUGCUCUUGAACGCUCACCCCAAUCUUUUAAGCUGCAACACUAAGAAACACACUCCGCUGCACUUGGCAGCCAGGAACGGUCACAAAGCGGUGGUCCACGUCCUCCUGGAUGCUGGCAUGGAUAGCAACUAUCAGACUGAAAAAGGCAGUGCUUUGCACGAAGCUGCUUUGUUUGGCAAGACAGAUGUGGUACAAAUAUUGCUGGCUGCAGGUAUCGAUGUGAACAUAAAGGAUAACAGAGGCCUGACAGCUCUGGAUAUCGUGAGGGAGCUUCCUUCUCAGAAAAGUCAACACAUAGCAGCUCUCAUUGAAGAUUACACAAUUGGGAGGAAAAGCGCCAAAGCUGCGGAGAAGACUGCCCAAGCAGCACUUGUUCCAGCCACUGAUCCCGUGGGUCGGAUACCUCAGGGUGAUGUGGAGAAAGCAGUGACAGAGCUGAUCAUAGAUUUUGAUGUGAACCCUGAAGAGGAGAGCCCGUAUGAAGCUUUAUACAAUGCAACCUCCUGCCACUCCCUGGACAGCCUUGCCAGUGGGAGGUCUUCAGAUCGAGAGUCCAUGAAUAAGGAGGCGGAAGGAGCUGGUCUGAAAGCAGCAGGAGUCAGGCCUAGAGAACGUCCACCCCCGCCUGCCAAGCCGCCGCCUGAUGAAGAGGAGGAGCAGCACGCGGAGAAGAAGAUAGGCCAUGGUGCUUCCUGUGAGGCCGCUGUUGCACGAGGAAAAAGCAGGGGAAGUGGAGCUGAGGAAGAGGAACACCCGUACGAGUUGUUGCUUACAGCAGAAACUAAGAAGCCAGUUGCGGUGGAUAGAAAAACAAAAGACCACAGGAGGAGCAGUGGCAGCCGCAGCCAAGACUCUGCAGACGGCCAGGACAUCCAGGUUCCAGAGCAGUUUUCAGGGUUGCUCCAUGGUUCUUCCCCGAUCUGUGAAAUAAGCGAGGAUCCUUUCAGGCUCGUUUCCUCCGCGGAGAAAGGAGGCACGGAAGCUACAAGCCACCCACCUGCUAUGCAGCUGGAGGAUGCUGCCUUACCUGCCUCGGGAUCAGUACGGACCGGCUCUCCAGACCAAAACCAGAAAGCAGUCUAUGCAACCGUCCAGCACACGCACGCCAACCGGGCGGAUCCUGAAACUGUAGUCACGCCCCAUGUGCUCCAGCACCCCGGCGGUGCCGAGGACGAGGGGGACAGAGGUGGCGCUGUGGGCAGAGCCCACCCGGGGAGCAAGCCCAAAGCCGAGCUCAAACUCAGCCGCAGCUUGUCCAAAUCGGACUCCGAUCUUCUGACCUGCUCUCCGACGGAGGACGAUGCCAUGGGGAGCCGGAGCGAAUCGCUCUCGAACUGCAGCACCGGGAAGAAGAGGCUGGAGAAGUCCCCGUCCUUUGCUUCGGAGUGGGACGAGCAGUGCCGGCAGCAGUCCCUGCACAUCUCCAGGGCUCGGCAGUGGUGGCACAGCAUUGAGAAAAUCAUGAGCUCCAUCGGCGAAGGCAUUGACUUCUCUCAGGAGCAGCAGAGGAUCUCAGGUUCGCGGAUGCUGGAGCAGAGUGUCGGGGAGUGGCUGGAGUCCAUUGGCCUGCAGCAAUACGAGAGUAAGCUGCUUUUGAACGGCUUUGAUGAUGUCCGCUUCCUGGGCUGUAAUGUCAUGGAAGACCAGGACCUUCGGGACAUCGGGAUCGGUGACCCGCAGCACCGCCGCAAACUCCUGCAGGCAGCUCGCUCCCUCCCGAAGUUGAAGCCCCUGGGCUGCGAUGGGAACAGCCAGCCUUCGGUUCCCGCCUGGCUCGACUCUUUGGGGCUGCAGGACUACAUCCAGUCCUUCCUCUCGAGCGGCUACAGCUCUAUCGACACUGUGAAAAACCUCUGGGAGCUUGAAAUAGUAAACGUGCUGAAGGUGAACCUGCUCGGCCAUCGGAAGAGGAUCAUCGCCUCGCUGGCGGACCGGCCCUACGAGGAGCCACCGGCCAAGCCGCCGCGGUUCUCGCAGCUGAGAUGCCAGGACUUGAUGUCCCAGACGUCGUCACCCCUGAGCCAGAACGACUCCUGCACGGGCAGAUCCGCAGAUCUCCUGCUGCCCUCCGGAGACACCGGGAAGAGGCAACACGAGCGGGGCAGCGAGGUUGCGCCGUACUCCAGAGUUGACCGCUACAAAGCACAGGAGGAGCGUCGGGAGUCAAAGCUGACCCUGCGCCCCCCCAGCCUGGCUGCCCCGUACGCCCCAGUCCAGAACUGGCAGCACCAGCCGGAGAAGCUCAUCUUCGAGUCCUGCGGGUACGAGGCCAACUACCUGGGCUCCAUGCUGAUCAAAGACCUCCGAGGGACGGAGUCCACGCAGGACGCCUGUGCCAAGAUGAGGAAAUCCACAGAACACAUGAAGAAGAUCCCGACCAUAAUACUGUCCAUCACGUACAAGGGGGUGAAGUUCAUCGAUGCCUCUAACAAGAAUGUCAUUGCUGAGCACGAGAUCCGGAACAUUUCCUGCGCUGCUCAGGACCCCGAGGAUCUCUGCACGUUCGCCUACAUCACCAAGGACCUGCAGACCAGCCACCACUACUGCCACGUCUUCAGCACCGUGGACGUGAACCUGACGUACGAGAUCAUCCUCACGCUGGGGCAGGCGUUCGAGGUCGCCUACCAGCUGGCCCUCCAAGCCCAGAGAGCGAAGCCGCUGGGCGCUGCAGCAGCAGAGACGAUCGAGACGAAAUCUUCCAAACCGGUGCCUAAACCACGAGCCGGCGUGAGGAAAUCUGCAGUGCCGCUCCCUCCCGACACCCGCUGUUGUUACUGUCACACCUGUACAACACACCGCCCCUCCUACCUGCCGCUGCAGUCUGUUAGUCCCGGAGCUAAGCUGGAGCCCCCCGAAGUGGACCAAGACUCCCAGUCUCAUGCCAGUGUCUCCUGGGUCGUGGACCCCAAACAGGACUCCAAGCGGACCCUCAGCACUAAGUAUGAGACCACUAUCUUCUAAAGCAAACAAACCCUGUGUCCACCUAGUCUAACCGUGCCUUUGCGAUCUGAUCUGUCUGCUGUUCUAAACUCCCUCUUCCUCCAGCUGCUCGCACUGAGCCCCGCGUAGGCACUACGUCAAAGGCAGCAGCACUUAAGAGACUGUAGACUUAAACGGCUUUUGUACCUGAUCACUACUGAACACUGUGAAUUCUCCUUACUCGGAAACAAGGGUAACACGCUGUUAGAUGUCCGCCAGGUGGGAGGUGCAGGGGGGUGCAGGCUGGGGCAGUCGGAGGUGUGGAUCCAGGAAGCCGCCUGCCGUUUUCACGUCUUUCCCCUCACUCUGGCACUGUGAAUCCCUGGGGCAACGUGACGCUCCCCGGGCCUUUUUUCUAUUUCACCUUCUUAUCCUUGGACUGAUGGAGACCUCCCGUCUCUGCGGUGCACGCGCUCCCUCCUCCUAGACCCUCUAUUUCCCGACUGAGCCACGGCUGCAUCCCGUUCCGGUGAACUCACCCCUCCUCUUACCUGUCAUUCCAAUCGACACUAACCACUGUGAUGCUGUCUGCAAAUAACACGGUCACUAGAUUUCCUCUCGGGGUCCCUGCCCACAGUCUCCUCGAAGCCUGGAGCAGAGAAGCUGCUCUGAUGGGAGGUCAGGUUUGGGCCGGGCGUGAUCGUUCCCACUGUGAGCUCUGACCCUUCCCGGAGAUCCGGCGCGGUGGCCCCCGGCGAGCGCCCCGCGGGAGCUUUUCAGCUGCAUGCAUUUCAGUCCCCGCUAGGAGUUUCCCCCAUAGUCCUUGUGUUUACACUCACCAGACAGACUUCCCGUGACCUGUGGGUGUAGUUCUCAUCGUAAAGAUUGUGAAGAGGUAAAGCACUUAGAGGCACGUGUUGUUAGCCCCGUGUUGGGAAGGAAAGGUGUUUGAGAGGGGCUGGACGCUGCGCUGGUGGAGGUCUGGUAAAGCAGGCGGAGCUGUGCCGCGUCCAGCACGUCUCCUGCAGCUUUCCCUUUUGGCCGAAGGGAGAGAUGUGAUUGAAAUCAGUCUGCUGCUGACCCAAAGCUUAUUUUCAGUCUACAAAGCAUUGCACGAGGAGGGCUAUAGGGAUCUUGAAACAUCUGUCACCUUUCAUCCUUGAGAGCAAGGAUUUCAUUUGGAAAUGGCCCCGUGUCAGUGGGCACCUCUGCCUGUGCUGGCUGCUUCUCAAGUGCGUGUUUUCCUCUGGGAGCAUGUCCCCGUUUCUGUGCAUCUCAGCAGAAGCCGCUUUUAAUCCCGGACUGGGAAUCGUUUGCACGAGGCUGCAGGGCACUUGGCACAGGUCGGAGCGGAGCUGGGACGGGCUGGGACUGCAGAACAGUUCACGUCCCCCGUGAGCGCCCGAGCAAGCUGUCACAGACCUGCCCCCAGCUCCUUCACCUGCAUUUGCAAAGCUCUCUGAGAUGGAACUGAGGAGGAGGAGGGUGAUCUGAUGGCGAGACAGUGCUGGGAAGCAGGACUCCAGCUUCUCAUUAACUUCUGCUUCUCAUUAACUUGCCGCAUGUCCAAGCAACGUAGCCUCUCUUUACCUCGGUGUCCCCGUUUUCAGGCUGGGAAUGCACUUACCUACCUCUCAGGGUGCGAGGCUCGCUCCGUUUACAGAGCUGUUGCGGGGCCCCGCAGUGAAAGGCGUCGCCACUUCCACACAGUGGCAGCAAACCCCUUGCGCUCAGCCUCGCUCUCCCGACGCCAUCCGGGACCCGCGGUCUCGCAGCGAAGCCCCGGCUUGGGCCCUGCUCAGCCCCUCGCAGGCAGCGGCCGCGCACCUUUCCCGGGGGGAGGCUGAGCAGCCGGGGCAGCGUGGCUGGGGCCAUAGCUCACCGAGUGCAUCUUCGGGCGAGAGUCUGGAAAAAUCCCCUUGCAGCCCAGGUGUGGGGAGCUGGUGGUGACGGUGGGUCCGAGUUAGAGGCCUGAAGGUGAGCUGCCCGCACACCCGCGUGCCGUGGCUGCGUGGGCACCAUGGGUUACGUGGGCAGGGGGAGCACGCAGGUCUCCAGCAGCGCUCUGGUUCCAAAAGAGCUUUUGGAAUUUGCCCCAAAUCCCCCCUCGCGGUCAGAACAGCAACACUGGGUUAUUUACAGCUGUUAUUUAGGGGACAGAACGAGCUCGCCUGAGUUUUACUGGGGCUUUAGAGCUUCUGCCUAGCUGUUUCCCCAGACUUGUGGUGAAAUUUGAUGUUUCAACAUCUUUAUUUAGCCGUUUUCUUGGGAAUGAGUUUGAUCAUUGGAGUCCUUUCUGGCUUAAUGGCACUGAGUGGCAAACUGACUUCAAAAUUAGGGCCAGGCAUCCCAGUGAGAGGACUUUCUUAAAGCAAGAAAAGGAAAGUAGAUGUAUUUCCUGUGUUAUGAAGCCCCUAACGUAGACCCAGUGGCUCCUCUGCCUAAAGGCCUGAAGCAGAGGUCGUGCUGGAGUUGCCCAAAAUGCUGCAGCUCUGUCCCACGAGCCGGAGCAUUGUGGACGGCUGAGUACUGCAGCGUCAGAGGUGCUCCGAGAGCUUGGUCUGGGGUUGAGCUGUCCGAACUGUACGAGUGCCCUGAGGGUUUGGUAUCCUUCAGAGAGGAAGGGAACUGACAGCAGUGGGAAUAUCGUUCCCACGUGUAAGCAUUUACCAUACAGUCACCCACACCUAUUCCCCAUUGCAGAGGGUCUGAGCUCUUGCAUCUCCCCCCGCGUUGAGCUGGGAGCGGCAGGUUCCUCCCGAAACGGGGCCGCUAGUGCAUGUGCCUUUCUCAGGGUGACCGUCCCAACCCAGCUGGAAACAGGCGGCGCUGCCCUCACUACAAAGCUUCCUCUGUGUCCCUAACCCUCACGGCUGUGUCUCAUCUCCUGGCUGUACGCCUCGCCUUUCCCGGCACUCGUUUGUGUAUGACUCGGAAAUCAUUCAUUCCAUUAUCUUCCUUUCUGUUUGCCUCUGAAAAGCUGAUCUCCGGGCAGCUGUCUCCUACCACGGAAAUGUAGUAACGGGGCAGAGACCUAAGAAGCAGUGGCCUGCUGACACGAAGAUCAUCUCCAUCUGGCACUGGUGUCUGCCUCGGAGUGGGUGCUCAGUGAGGGCUCCCAAAGCAGAGGGGGAAGGGAUCCCAGCCUCCAGCUGAUAAAGCAGCUCUCCAUUUCUAGCAAAGGAAAAGUUGAGACUUCCGAGGCCGAGAGCGAUGUCACGCUUCCUAGGCUGAGAAAAAAAAACUUCUUUCGACCCGUUUCGUUGUUUUUUUUUUUUUUUUUACAUGUGAAAUGAUACAGAGUAAAUCCAGUUUGCAGUUUAAAUGUAGCACUGCAGGUUUUUUUGGUGAGGGAAAAAGAAUUAUCUUUAUUUACUGAGAAUCCACGCAGUCCGGCAAGGAGUACAAUAGAAAGUCUUAGCAGUGGGAGUGGUGUGCGCAUCUCUAACGGUACUGAAAAUUGCUUCAAUUCUGGGUGAACAGUAGAGAAAUGCCAAAUUCUUGGAAAUAACUUCCUCCAGUGUGAGAAGCCUUGCAGGGCAGGUCCGCAUCCUUUGCCUUCCAAGCCACUCCAUGCUUUAAUAGCGGAUGGAGAUAAGGAAAAGAGUCUGCAAAGGAUCUUCCACCUCCGAGUGGUUGUGGCCAAGUAUUCCCGAUGGUACAAAGCUCGCUUCCCCUACAGAGAACGGUUGCAUUGCAAUACUGGACAUUUCUAUGGCAAGGACACAAUUUCUUCCCAUUUACGCACUGAAUACCUGGAGGCGACUCCAGCCUCUUGUGCACCUGUCUUGUUUUUAAAUGCAGUUAUGCCCUGAAGGGUUGGGGUUUUUUUAAGCUUAUUCAAUUGUGAUUUAGCACUUUUUUGAUACUAGCUCAUUAUUUAAUUAGUGCAACAGUUUUUGGAAGAUGAACAGAAAAAAAAAAAAAAAGGAGUUAAAUUUUGGGCAUUACACUGAAACAAUCCAUACCCGAGGAUAAAUCCUAUCGACCCGAGGAUAAAUCCUAUCAACCCGAGGAUGGCUUGGCCCCCUUCCAAAUACCGCCAUCUCCAAGGUGUGCUGUGUGCUGGUUUUUCUGUGAGUUACCGGAGUAUUUAACAGGAGUUGUGGCUGUGACUGAUGUGUUUUCACAGCGCUGUUCCUCUCGGGGGAGAGCUGUUAAAACAGUUGUGAUUUUUAAUCCUUCGGAUGCAAAAAACGUAGCGCAGCACAUUUGUUACGAUCUCGACAGGCGUUGUAAUGCUUGGGGAUGUGGUACCCUGCUGCUUUACUAGAAUGAUAUGCCCUAAUAAUUCCUGUUUAACUCCAGUUGCUGCUGUACGUCAGGAUUUCAUUUAGUCUCUCCAGCCAGUAAGACGAGGAGAGAAGUGAAGCGUAAUCCCGAGGGCAUAGACCUGUAAAUGAUUAGGAGGGGAAAGUGGAGAUUUUUUUUUUUUUAAGUUGAUGAAUUUAGGAAACCUAACAUUCCUUGUUAUGCGUAUGUUGCAAUUCAUCCUGGUGUAAGUGUAAAUAUUUGGUGUGUUGGCAACAAGUCUUUUUGGAGAGAUUGCAAAUUGAACCUCUGCUUGGGAGGAGGGACACCUUUCUUUUUUUGAUGCAGGAGCUUUUUGAAGGUUGGCUUGGAGGUGAAGUGGUGAUGAAGACUCCAAUCUUCAGGGGGCUGGAACUGGUGACCCUGGUGGUCCUUUCCAGCCCUGUGUAUAAUUCCAUGGUUGUCUUUAGUGAUCCAACAGUUCUUUAGCCAGAUGCUCUUUCUCACUUAAUAGACAAGGCAAUUGUUUUGGCAGUGCAUCUUCCCCUUUGAUUUCAGUGGGUUUUGAGGUACUUGCAUGCUGGAGACUGAUUCUGGACCAUGCCAGUCACUGACUCCCGGUGAUUUAACACAUCCAUGACACAGUAUUUUGGCUCUUCCUCCCUACAGGAUUUCACGGUACCUGGAGGAAAGUGCCCUAAAUUGCUGGUGCUGAAUAUGACUGAAUUAAAAUGCAUCUGCUGUACUGCCUGCCUGCGGAAAGGUGGUGCUGCCCCAGGUUUUGUUCCCCUUUUUGAGAACAGAUUGUAGUUUACAGGCUUUGAUUUGUACACGGCAUGAGUCCAGGCUGAGAACUCAAGACAAACAAAGAUGUUUGCUAAGAUGUUUUUUUUACUAAGAUUUUUUUUUAAUAAAGGAGGGGAUGAUUUUUUUUUCCAAAUCAAAGUUGCUUUUUCCUUUUUAGUUUUGUAUUGACAAAAACAAACAAAACCACCUAAUCUUAGCUGGUUUUGAACUUCCUUUGGGAUUUUUCUUUUUAGAAGAUAAAAAUUAUGCAACUCUUGUGGGGUACAUGCCUCUCUCCCUCCUAGGGAGGAGGUAGGGCACCUUCCAGGAUGUACCUCUAGCGAAAAGUUCAUGCCUUCACAAGGCUGCUGCGAGACACAGACCAGAUGCCAAAUAGUACCUCCAACCAACUCGUGCUGUGCCCAGCUGAUGUGGGUUCAGUUGCUUUAAUGCUCCUCCCACCCCGCUUCAGAAGUUUCUAGCAGCAGAAUUUUCCCUGGCUUUCUUCUGCUUGCAUCGUUUCCAUGCAAUCAGAUCUUUAUUUUAGAGCAAGCACAGUGUUUGCAACACUGUCUUCUUGCAAAAAGUCUCCCGUGUAGGUCUCCUAUUGGCAUUACUUACUGCAUUUUUUUUUCAAAAGGAAGUAAAUGCGCUGCUCUUACCAAGUAGAUUUUCUUACCCGUGGAAGAAUAACCUGAGAUUCCCUAACAGGGCAGAGAACAGUCCAGUUCAGUUUGCAAUGUAGACAUUUUUGCUAAUUGUGAUGUAUGGCAGUGGGACUGAUUUGUAAUACAAAUGUUAUUUAAUCUGUCUGUAUUUUGAUACUUGAAUUUCCUUUUAUUUUCUGUAUAUACAAUUGUUAAUCUGUUCAAAUUUGUCUGAAUUUUCAACAUCUUGUGGUACCAAACAUAACCAAUCUGUGCAACAACAUAGACUGACCUCACUACAACAAGGCGAGAUUGUAAAUAUUCCUGGGCUUCCAGCAGUCGUUUUGUUGUUUUCAUAAUUGUACAACUUAGAACAGACUGAAUUAAUAAACAAACUUAGACACACA